UUGCUGGAAAAAUAGAAAUCACGCAUCAAUUUAGCGUGUAUGAUCAAAUAUCACGCAAAUCACGCAUUUUGCUGAAAUUUUUAAAAAUUGUUUUUUGUGAAAUCGCGACACGGUAAAAUACCGAACGAGCUGGAAAAAAAUUAGGUGUCCAAAAUCUACCAGUUUUCACUGAAGCUGUCCAAAGUUUGAAGGGAAGGUGUUCAACAUUUGGAAGUCACGCAUGUUAGAUGGUCCCAAGUUGACAGCCCUGUCUAAAUGUACUUGAAGUCUGCCUGAAAACAUUCUAUUCUAACAAGUAGGAACUUACUUAUGUUGUUCUAGCAACGGGACUCCGCGGAGUAAUUCUAAAUUUGAUGAAUUUAAUUCUUUCCUUCUGUCAUUCAAUUAUUCAAUAGAAUCCAAUAAAUUCGAAGUAAUAUAAAAGUGAUUAUUCAUGAAUUUAUGAUAAUAUUAUUUUGUGAGGAAUACUGAGUAGUUAUGAACCGUUUUCACAUUUGACAGUGUGACAAGGCUUCCGCGGAGAACCAACAUGGCAGCCAGUGCCAAAAUGUCUCACAACCAUUACAAGAACGGAAAUUAUGGAACCUUGUCACAAAACAUGGGAAAAGACAUGGAUAUUACACAAGAUAUGCAUCUUAAGAUGUCAAAAAAGAUUGCACAGUUAACAAAAGUGAUUUAUGCCCUUAACACCAAAAAUGAUGAGCAUGAUGCCAUACUACAAAACACAAAGAAACAGCAUGAAGAAGAAAUACAGCAACUCUUGGCAGAAACCAAAGACAAAGUUUCACUUUAUAAAAAUAAAAUUGGCAGUGAGGUUGAACAUAAAAGGCGGAUAGAAGCCUUGGAACAAACCUUAGCUGACCAUGAAAAACAGAAAAAACAAUAUCUUGGAGAGUUUGAGGAUUACAAAAAGCAAACAGAAGAGAGAGAAAUUCAACUAAAGACAGAGCAUUCACAAAAUGUGCUGGCUUUAUCAAAAGAUAUUUUAGCAGCAAAGCGGACCUUUGAAGAUCAGUUGAAAAAAUUUGAUGAUGUUAGAGCUGAAUUUGAAAGGGACAAACAGAAUGCUUUAGAUGACCUAAGAAAAGCACACCAUCGAGAAAUUGAAGAGUUAAUGAAAACCCAACGAAAUCAACAAGGUGAUAUCGAAGGUGCUCAAAAACAAUUAGAAGAAAAAUAUUUCAAGGAAAUUGAGGAUUUAAAAACACAAUGUGAUCAAUUAAAUACAGAUAAAAAGACAAUAAGUGAGGAAUAUGAAUCCAAAUUAUCUAAAGCUCAAACAUUUUAUGAAAAAGAAUUACAAGCUCUAAAAGAUGGACAAAAUGCUUCAGCAGAGGAAAAAAUAAGGACGUUAACUACACAAAUUGAAACCAUGAAAAAAGAUCUCUCUUUUAAUCAAGUGCAGUAUAAAAAACGUGUUGAUGAUCUUAUUGGUCAGUUAAGCUCCAGUGAAGAUGAAAGUGCCAAAUACAAAGCAGAGUUGGAGAAGUUGCAAUCUUUGUUGAAAAACCAAAACAGUGAAUCUGGCAAUCUUGCAAAACAGCUUGCCCAGGCUCAGGCUGAAGCUGCCACUGCUUUAGAGAAGUUACGCCAAUUGGAACCAGAGUUGAUAGGUCUACAAGAAAGGUGUAAAGAACAGGCAGCAGAGAUGUUAAAACGAUCAACUUUGUUUGGUGAGCUAGAAGCAACCAAAAUCCAAAAUGAGGCUACAAUUAAAGAUCUUAUGUCAGAGCUGAAUAAACUGCGUGACAAAGUAUCAUGGUUGGAGCAAGAGAGAUCAUCUUUAAGUGACCUUAGUCAAACACAGAUCUCAGAAUCAAGUAACAAAUUGAAGGCUUUAGAGCAGGCUCUGGAAGACAUGUCAAUAGAGAAACAAACUAUGAAAGAAAAGCUGGAGAGAGAUCUGAUGAAUGUAGAGGAACGUGGUAAACAACAUGAAAAACAGCUCAUAAUGGACCAUCAAACAUCAGUAGAAACACAAAGUAAACAACACAUGAAUGAACUGCAAGUUCUUGUACAAGAAUCAAGUCUCAAGUAUGAACAAUUAAAAAAUGAUCUCCAGGGUCAAUUGGAGUCUGAGAGAAGUCGACAUAGCCACGAGAGGGACUCCAUUAAGGCAGAGUAUGACCAAAUGAAAGCCCAGCUUACCUCAGAUCUCACAACAGCCCAAGAUGAGGUUGUAAGGCUGCAGAAAUUGGUGGAUGAUUCCAAGAAGGGCCUAGGUUCUGCUUCAGACCACAUUAACAGUCUACAGGCAAUGUCAGAUAAGAUGAGGGCUGAACUAGACAAAACUAAAUCUGAUCUUAUCACUAAGAAAAAUGAAGCAACUUCUUUUAAGUCUGAGCUUGAGAAGCUCCAAAAACUUCAUCAAAAACAAAUGCUUGAAAGUCAAGAGGAACUCAAAGAAAAACUUGAAAAACUUGCAAACAACUUGGAGGAGAAGUGGUCUGAUACCCUGAGAAAGGAGUGCAUGAAGCUGCGGAUGGAGCUGACAGAACAGAAGGAAGAGGAUAAGAGGGCAGCCAUGUCUCAACUGACACUUAUGAAAGAAGAGGAAAUGAAUGCAAUCAAGAAAGGAUGGCAAGCCAAAGUGAAUGAUCUUGUACAUCAGAUAAGUGUCUUGAAGCACAGUCUAGAAUCCAAACAAUCUGAAUCCUCGGCAGAGUUAGAUAGGUUGAAGAAUGAAGCUGAAAUGGAGAAUAAACGACUAUCUGAAGAAAUACUUGCAUCAGCUGAAGAAUAUGCAAAGAAGAUUGAAACUUUGGAGAAGAUGCAUAAUGAAGAGCUGGCAAAGUGGAAGGAGAAAAGUCGACAAGAAUUGAAGGAUCUUGAGCACAACCUAAAGAGCAAACAGAUAGAAGACAUGCAAGCUUUGAUGAUCUCUCACAAGAGUUCCCUAGAGAUGACCAAAGAGCAGGCUGAGAGGGCACGGGUGAAGGAUCUGGAAGACAUAGAGCACAAACACAAGGAGGAGAUGUCUGCACUCAGAUCUGAACUUGGGGAGAAAUAUGCUAUGGACUUAGACCAACACAACAAGGCACAUAAGACACAGAUGCAGGCAGCCAGGAUGGAACUAGAUAGGGCCAUUGAGAUUACAAAACAAAAGGAGUCUGAGCACCAGAUGAAAUCUGAAGAGCUUCAACAAGAGAUAAGACAUCGUGAGCGUCAUAUUACCAGUCUCGAAGGUGACGUGAACUCCCUUCAGAUAGGUUUAGAUAAGAUGUCACAUGAGCUAGAUGCCAAGGGAAAAGAGAUUCUGCAGAUUCGCAGUGAAGCCAAUCAUCAGCUGAGGCUUUGUGAGGAAGAGAUGCGCUUUGAACACCAGAGAGAUCUUGAUGAUAAAGCUGCAGAACACAUACAUGAAACACAAACCAUGUUAUCUGAAUUUAAUGAGGCACAAGAGAUGUUAAAAGACAAGAUAUCAGCUCUUCAAAUAAUGCUUGAGGAAGCUGAGGAUCGUUAUAGGAACAGAGAAUCUCGGGAUGAAGAUGUAGAAGCCAUACAACAAUUAAAACAAGCCUUAUUGGAUAAACAUAACGAGAUGAAGAAACUCAUUGAUGACAAGAAAUAUUUCCAAAUGGAAUUAAUGAACCGUGAAACAAACUUUAACAAAGUAUUUACAGCUGAACCUAAUGUUGGGGUACUGAACCCUCUGUCAGUCAAACGGAAGAAGGGGAACAAAGGAGGGAGUACAAAGUACACAAGCAGUGCCCCAAUGUUGAACAAUGUAGGUGGCGCCACUAGACUUAACCCCCUCCCGGGAUCACCAGUUCAUGACGAAAAACUGAAUCCACAUGGACCCCUCCCACCCAUGACCAAAAAAUUUGUGAAAUGAUCUUAAUGUAAAUGAAUAAAAAAUGACGUCUAGACUCAGAAAUGUGUGAGUUCUCUGAACUUUGUAAGGAAAGGGAAAUACUUCAUCAUCACUUCUGAAUAUGAUGUAAGUCUAGUUGAAUGCAACUGUAAAACAACUAUUUAUGACUAACAAUACUCAUGAAAAUUUUAUGACUAGAAGAUGGUGCUUGACAACAUAAAAACAGUUAAUAUUUGUAAUUUAUAUUCGUUUGAGUUCACAAAUUUAGAAUAUACAUUAUCUCUUAUACCAGAUAAGAAGUUUUG